CUCCACGUCGCGUUCGAUGUCUUGAACUCGAAACAUCAUCGUGCUAUCCCUUAUACUCGCCCUUGUUGGUACGAACGUGGAGUCGUACAGCAGGUCAACAUGGACCAACAGAAAUUCCUCGAGCUCUUGCAGAGUAUUCAAAUUCCGGACACCAACCGAGUGAAGGCUGCAACGACAGAGCUGCGAAAGACCUACUACCCUCACCCUCAGUCCCUCUUGUGGUUGUUGCACAUCCUCACAUCUCAUGAUGUCCCCGAACUCCGCCAACAGGCUGCCGUCGAAGCUCAACGUUUGAUCCCCAAACAUUGGUCUUCCUUGCCGGCAGACCAAAAGCCAGCGAUUCGUGAGAAGCUUUUGGAGUCAACCCUCAGCGAAGAGAAACCCCUGGUUAGGCACUCUGCUGCCCGUGUGAUUGCUUCUAUUGCAGGAAAUGAUCUCGAGGAUGGUGAAUGGGAGUCGCUCCCGGGCCUCCUUCAUCAGGCUGCCACGUCCAAGCAAGUCGCACACCGUGAAAUCGGCAUCUUUAUUCUGUUUUCCUUGCUAGAGACAGCAGGUGAUGCAUUCGAAGACAAACUACCUGGUUUAUUCUCGCUAUUCAGCAACACUAUCAAAGAUCCAGAAAGUGCUGAAGUUCGCAUCAAUACCAUGCUGUGCCUGAGCAGAGUUGCCAUGUUAAUCCAGCCGGAUGAAGAUCCAGAGAACUUGGCCCGGUUCGUGGAGAUCUUCCCUGGCAUGGUCGGUGUCUUGAAGUCUUCGGUGGAUGAGCAAAAUGAGGAACGUGUUAUGCAAGCAUUCGAGGUUUUCCAGACACUUCUUGGCUGCGAAUCUGCUCUUCUGAACAAGCAUUUCAAAGACCUUCUGACAUUCAUGAUCAACCUCGCCGCGGACACCGAUAUUCCGGACGAAUCUAGGUCACAGGCUCUCUCUUUCUUGAUGCAAUGCGCCAGAUACCGAAAGAUGAAGAUCCAGGCUAUCCGAGACAUGGGAGAGACUCUGACUUUGAAGAGCAUGCAGAUCGCAACAGAAAUUGACGACGAGGAAGAUGAUGACGAUGUCACUCCACACAAAUCGGCCCUUGGCCUUUUGGACCUGCUUGCUACGAGUCUGCCUCCGCGUCAAGUCGUUGUCCCGCUCUUGGCGGCUUUGCCACAAUAUGUCAACAGUGAGCAGCCCAAAUACCGUCAAGCUGGCAUUCUGGCACUUGGCAUGUGUGUAGAAGGCGCUCCAGACUUCAUUGCGACUCAGCUCGACACUUUGAUGCCGAUAGUCCUGAAGCUUCUUAAUGACCCCGAGAUUGGUGUCCGAAAUGCUGCUCUCAAUGGGGUUGCAAGACUAGCCGAUGAUCUUGCAGAAGAGUUGUGCAAGCAUCACGCUGAACUCAUCCCAGCACUGCUUAAGAACCUCGAUUCUGCCAGCGUCCAAGCAGCAAAUGCAGCCGAUCAGGAAAAGAAUCUUGAUAUUUUGAAAGCAUCUUGCAGUGCCUUAGAUUCAGUAACUGAAGGUGUUGAUAAAGCAACAAUCGUCGGAUAUAUUCCUGAACUGGUCCCUCGUCUUGGUAGAUUACUCGGCCACACAGAUCUUAAUGUCAAAGCAAGUGCUGCUGGUGCAAUGGGAUCUAUCGCUGGUUCUGCUAUGGACGCCUUCUUGCCAUACUUCGAGACAACAAUGAAAGCUCUAUCAGAGUAUGUCACCCUCAAGGAGAGCACAGAAGAACUUGACCUUCGAGGUACCGUUUGCGAUUCUAUGGGCAGCAUGGCUACAGCUGUUGGUGCUAAGGCUUUCCAACCAUACGUUCAGCCCUUGAUGCAAGCCAGUGAGGAAGCACUGCACUUGGGACACCCUCGAUUACGGGAGACCAGUUACAUCCUUUGGAGCACACUUGCCAAAGUCUAUCAGGAAGAAUUCACACCCUUUCUUGACGGUGUGGUUAAGGGCCUUAUGGAGAGUUUGGAGCAAGAGGAAUCUGACAUUGAGGUUGAAUUGGGAGAAGAGGCAAAGGACAUUCUUGGCCAGGAGGUCAUUAUUGCAGGGAAGAAGGUGAAGGUUGCCUCUGCAACUGAUGCUCCGGAUGAUCUCGAUGAGAUGGGAGACGAUGAUGACGACGAUGAUUGGGAUGAUCUCACGGCUGUCACUGCAGUUGCCUUGGAGAAGGAAGUUGCAGUUGAAGUGCUUGGAGAUGUCCUAUCGAACACCCGUCAGCACUUUAUGCCGUAUUUUGAGAAGACUGUCGAGACCACGGUUGGCUUGGUUGAACACUCGUACGAAGGAGUACGAAAAGCAGCUAUAGGUACCUUGUGGCGAUCAUACGCCUGCCUUUUCGGCUUAAUGGAGGACCACACCGGAGAGAAAUGGACUCCAGGCUUGCCUCUCAAGUCUCAACCCUCUGAAGAGGUCCUCAAGCUCGGCGAGGUGGUUUCAAUUGCAACGCUCUCCGUCUGGGAUGACGAAGUUGAUCGUGCUGUUGUCACCGAUAUAAAUCGGAAUGUAUCCGCCACGCUGAAGCUUUGCGGGCCCGCCAUCCUCACUCAGGACAAAUUCGCAGAAAGCAUGACCACCACCAUGGGUGCGAUCAUCUCGAAGGCUCAUCCUUGCCAACAAGACAUGGGCGAUGACGAUGAUCACGAAGGCUUAGACGAUGAAGAAUCAUCCGAGUAUGAUUGGCUUGUCAUCGAUACCGCCCUUGAUGUGAUUAUUGGUGUCUCCAAGGCUCUCGGCUCUCAAUUCAGUGAAGUGUGGAAGAUCUACCAAAAGCCAGUCAUGAAGUAUGCCUCUUCGCAAACCAACUAUGAGCGGUCAACAGCCGUCGGUGUCAUCGCAGAAUGCACGAAAAACAUGGGAGCCGGGGUCGCUCCGUUCACCGAAGUGCUUCUCAAGCUUCUCCUGCACAGACUCUCGGACGAGGACCCAGAGACAAAGUCAAACGCCGCAUAUGCUAUCGGCCUCUUAAUCUUCCACUCGACCAAUUCGGCCGCAUAUCUCCCCAGCUUCAACACCAUCCUGUCUAAGCUCGAGCCUCUCCUUCAGACCCGCCGCGCCAGAACACUUGACAACGCUUGUGGAUGUGUUUCCCGUAUGAUCAUGGCUCACCAAGACAAGGUUCCUGUUGACGACAUUCUCCCAGUCAUGGUCGACUUGUUGCCAUUGACUGAAGACUAUGAAGAGAAUACCCCAAUCUUCGACUGUAUUGCUGGGUUGUACUCCCAACAAAACUCUUCAAUCAUCGAAUUAACACCGAAGCUCCUCCCAAUCUUCACUUCAGUACUCAGCGACCCCGUGGAGCAGCUCGACAUCCCCACACGUGCGAAGGUCAUCGCAACCGUGAAGUUCAUCGCUGAGAAGAACCCGAGCUUGAUCCAAGGGAAUGAGACGUUGAUGAAUUGUGUGCGCGGAUAGAUGGUUCAUGAUUGACUAGAUGAUUCAUGACUUGAUGAAUGAUAUGGGAAGAAUAGAUAGUUUGCUUGGGUAUCACGCCUAGCCUUGAUAUCCCGUUUUCUGUUGGAUUUCUUGUUUUUAGUUUAUUUCGAUGAGAGUAGCAUACCCCAAGACCGAUUGAGAGGCUCUUCUUACUUUAUGCAAUGAAUGAAAGAUUGUCGACUUUCGAAUUACUGCC